AUGGCAAGUGAGGACAUGUCAGCCGUCCUUCAGGCAUUGAAGGCAAUCCAAGAUAACCAGACGGUACUAUCGACUGGCCUAGCAGGUGUGACGAAGAGACUUGAUCAGAUUGCACCGGAAAGCACGCCGGAGAGCAAGACCCCUAGAGGCAGCGUCAGCAAUGGCGCCGGAUUGAGUUCAAGUCCUCUCCCAACACCGGGUUCACCUCCGGCCGAGAAGCCGGCUGCAGCAAAGGAAGCCGAGAAGUCCGGCUUCACUUCACGAAUCAUUCUGACCACAUAUCCCAAGCAAAUCGGCAUUGACCCUCUGAAUCUAUCCUGGGGCGCCUCGACGCCCGAGGAGCGCGGACCCGUGGUGGUCUCGCGCUCGAGCAGCACCAUCGGGCGCCGCAACGCCAUCGGCGCCCAUGGCGGCUCGUACAGCAUCUACUUUGCGCUGGCGCUGGCGUCCAAACAGCUGGACAUCAACCACCGGCCCGACUUCACCAACACGGAGCCGGCGGCCAACAUCGGGCCGUUCCCGCAGUGGUCCGACCCGAAGAAGAUCGUCGCCAUGGACCCGUGGGGCCACCUGGCGCCCUGGCUCUUCAGCGAGACCAUCGAGAGCCAGAACGUCGACAUCCGCCCCACCAUCGCCAUCACCAAGGCGCACAUGAAGCUCCCGGAGCUCGAGGAGAGCGUGCGGGCGGGGCGGCUGGUGCCCGACGGCAAGGUGUGCCUGAACAGCGCCGGCGAGCUGGCCGUGACCAAGUUCGCCGUCGAGCCCGUCUGGUACCUGCCGGGGGUGGCGGCGCGGUUCGGAAUCGACGAGGGCGUGCUGCGGCGGUCGCUGUUCGAGCACACGGGCGGCUCGUACCCGGAGCUUAUCACGCGCAACGACAUCAAGGUCUUCCUGCCACCGAUCGGCGGCCUCACCGUCUACUGCUUCGGCGACCCGGCCAAGAUGUCGGACGAGAAGGUCCGCCUCGCUCUGCGUAUCCACGACGAGUGCAACGGCAGCGACGUCUUCGGCUCCGACAUCUGCACGUGCCGCCCCUACCUCAUCUUCGGCAUUGAGGAGGCCGUUAAAGAGGCGCAGAACGGCGGCAGCGGUGUGGUCAUCUAUUUCAGAAAGGAGGGCAGAGCGCUGGGUGAGGUUACCAAGGUAAGCGGCUCUUCCCAUCCCAUUGUGUACAACGCCCGGAAACGAGGCGAAGACCGCGCAUCGGAUUACUUCAAGAGGACCGAGAACAUCGCGGGAGUCAAGGACAUGAGGUUCCAGGCCCUGAUGCCAGAUAUCCUCCACUGGCUCGGCAUCAAGAAGAUUGACCGCAUGCUUAGCAUGAGCAACAUGAAACACGACGCGAUCGUGGGACAAGGGAUCCCGAUCCACGAGCGCGUCGAGCUCCCAGAGGAGUUGAUCCCUGAUGACUCAAGGGUGGAGAUAGACGCCAAGAUCACAGCCGGCUAUUUCACAACCGGUCACAGAAUGACAGAGGAUGAGCUUAAGGCUGUCCAGGGCCGUAUGUGGGAAGAGUAA